GUGACGUCAGCGGUAACCGAGUUCAACUGGUAUCACCGUGUAACAUUUUUUACGUUUUGAAUUCCAGAAUAAUUUGUAUAAAUUCCCGUAAAACUAGUCUCCAUUUAGUAAGAGUAAUAUUUUCUUAACUCAGUCUCAAUCUUUAAUACUUCAAUUUUCAUGCAGCUAUCUAUUUAUAAAUUUUGCCAGCAAAAUUCUGAAAUAUCGCUCUCUACGGACGUGUGCUACAUCAACGCCAUGAAAUAUUCUAGCAUCAUCGUAUAUCUUAUUAUCUUCAGCUUCAUUCCGUCCUUAUAUUCAACAAAUACUGAAGAUAAUGAAUUUGCUGAGUUUGAAGAUUUUGAUGAAGAUGUUGAAGAAACCAGACCAGAAUUAAAGCAACAAGAUUCUUCACCUCAAACAGAAGGUGAUGCACAGUCACCAAAGAGUCAAACAGAGGAUGAUACAGCUGAGGAGGAAGAAGCUAUUGUGGAGGAUGAUGAUGAAUUUGAGCACUUACAAGAUAGUGAUGAAUUUGAAGGGUUAGAUCAAAAAUCGAAUGCGAAAGGAAAGACAGAGCCAGAAACACUUACUAUAACUAAAAUUCCACAUCAUCUAAGAACUAAUUGGGACUCCUAUUACUUAGAAAUUUUAAUGCUUUCUGGUCUAGCUGUAUAUUUUCUUAAUUUUCUGGCUGGAAAAUCUAAAAACCAUAGAAUUGCUCAAUCGUGGCUAAAUGCGCACAAAAAAUUACUAUCUGAUAACUUUGCAAUUGUUGGUGACGAUGGCCAAGGAACGGAUAUAACCGAACCUGGCAGUAAUGAACUCCUUAAGGAAUCUGAGAAUGUUUAUAGCUUAUGGUGUACAGGCAGAGUUGGCUGCGAGGGAAUGCUUGUCACUUUAAGAUUGUUAAAGAGACAUGACUUGGUGACUUCUCUAGCAAGAAUUUUCAAACCUCAACAAGACCAAUUAACAAUUAGGAUAAAUAUGGAUGCAAAUGAAAUGGAUAGUUUUGUUCUCUUGAUCGCUAAUAAGAAGCUAAGCACGAGAUUACAAAAGGAUAUGAAUGACCUUAGUUUAUAUUCUACAGAAAAAAAAAAUCCCGAGAAAUACGAAAUACCAACUUCCUUUACCCUUAUGUCCGAAAUAGGCGAAGCAACAGCAGCUGUUCUUGACAGACGGAUGGUGGCCGCACUAAAUAAUCAUGAAAAAUCUAUUAGUUAUAUCCAUAUUUCUGAUCAGUAUUCUGGUCAAAAGCAACAAGACGACACCCAACCCCAAGCUGUUGUUCCGCAAACAAAAAAAGUGCUGAUUUUUUGUUUUAAUUUAGAUUCAGAAACGAAAGAUAUGAAUGAAGUACAGAAAUUAAUGACAGUUGUAUUAAAUUGUCUUGACAAAGUGAAACGAAUACGAUUAAGUAAAGAAGCAAAAAUGAAAGCUGAUAAAAAUCGGGCACGAGUAGAGGAGAAAUUUCAUAAAGCUGCCCAUGCUCAACGUCAAGAAGCAGCCCAAGCUAGGCGUGACGAAAAGCGACGAGCAGAAAAGGAAAGGAUCAUGAAUGAGGGUGAUCCAGAAAAGCAAAGAAAGCUAGAGGAAAAAGAAAAUCGAAAAGAAGCAAGAAAGAGAGUUCCUAAAAUGAAAAUGAUGAAGGUUAAGGCCUAAAUCGUUAAAGCGUUAAUAAAAUGUAUUUGUUCUAGGCGAUCUAAUAGCUUUUUAUAAUUUUUAGUUCUAUAUAUCGUUCAACUAAUUUGUGAAAGUGGUUAUAUAUAUACAGUACAUAUAUAUAUAUAUAUAUAUAUAUAUACAAAUAUAUAUUUAU